UACACUACUUGUAUGUGUAUUGCUUAGUAUUAAUUAGUAUUGCUUUCAAACAUGUUGGGCAUAACAGCAAAGUCACCAAAGAAGCUAUACUAUCCGAAGAUUACAUCAAUAAUUGUAUUGAAGGUAACCUAGCUUUCCUCCGUUGCAUACCGAAUUCGGCUUGGUACUGGUCUGAUAGAAAAAAAGACCUUUUCGCUAUGAUUAGACAAUUAGGGGCUCCAACUGCUUUCAUGACACUCAGUGCAAAUGAAACUGGGUGGACUGAUUUGCUCAAAUUAUUGUACAGGCUGAAAAGUCAUGGAGAAAAUGUUUCUGAUGAAUUUCUAUCAAAAAUGUCAUAUGCACAGAAAGCUGAACUUGUCAACGAGGACGCAGUCACAUGUGCAAUUUACUUCAACAAAUUGGUGAAUUGUUUGUUGAAGAUUUUGCAGUCAAAACGAGAAAAUCCAUUUGGCUCAUUAUGGUUUCACUCAUUAUCGAGUGAAACAUAACUUCAAACGAAUAGAAUUCCAGCACCGUGGAAGUCCCCAUGCCCACAUACUUUUAUGGUUGGAAAACGCUCCAGAAGAUCUAUUAAGUAACAGCAAAGAAGUCAUAGAUAUGGUCGACAAGUUAGUUUCAAUAGCAGAAUCAGAAGCUUCUGGAAAUAUCAAACUCAUAACACAUAAACACACCUUCACGUGUUACAAAAAAUUGGAUCCUGGGAAAAAAGAUAAUUGUCCAUUUGGAGCACCCUUUUUACCAUCGCGUAAUACAAUAACAUUGAUGCCAAUGAAAGAUACGGAUUCCGAUUUCGAUGCGAACUUAGAUUACGAUGGAUUUGAUGAUUUUUAUGCUAAGAAUUAUAUUGUUUCUGAUGAACAUUAUUACAAUAUAAUCCGAGCUGGAAUAACGCGACCGAAGUUAUUUUACCGUCGAACACCAGCUGAAAAAUGGCAUAAUCCUUUUAAUCCAUUUGUGUUCCAUUGUCUGCAAUCAAACAUGGAUUUCCAAAUCAUUCAAGAUGAGUACGCUUGUGCUGCUUAUGUCGUCGAAUACGUGAACAAACAUAAUCGAGGCAUCAGCAAUUUACAAAGACAGAUUAUUCAGGUUAUGGACGAAAAUCCAGAGUUUGAUAUAGUAGAUAUAACGAAGAAAUUGAGCGUUGAUCUCCUACAUGCCGUCGAAAUGCCUGCACAAGAAGCUGCUUGGUAUUUGUUACGUAAACCAAUGGCUAAAGCAUCUGUCACCACUGUUUAUAUACCAACAAUAUAUCCAACUGAACGUCAGGGAAUAAGGAAGACCUGGAAGGAACUACACAAGCUAGAUGAUGACUGCACCGAUGCACAUAGGAGUAUUUGAAAUAAAAAUCCGGAAAAAAUUAUUUAUUCGCAUUUUUUUAUUCUUUAUGAAAUGGAAGCUAAUACUAAAUCAUAAUUUCAUGUAAAAAAAUAAUAAUAAAAAAAAUUUGAAGAAAGGAAAAAAAAAUUUUUAAGAAAUUUUGAUGCAAUUCAGUCAAUCAGAAUCAUUAUCCUGAUCAGAGUCGGUGCUAUAAUAACUCGUGGACCUUUCCAUUAAAAUAGAUAUUGCCACCUUGAAAAGAGGUUUGCUUUUCUUCUUGUUCUUCUUUGUACUGGAACUGAUCAACGGGUCCGAUGUUAGCAAUAACCUAUUUAAUAUAUCUCUGUUGCAGUCUACUCUAGAAAAUUUCCUGGCAUAGUCCACACGAUAUUUUCUAAAAUGUUUAUUUCGUGCUUCAGCGGCUUCCUCUGAUAGCUGUCCGAUCGGUACAAUGGCUACUGAUAUUAUUUGAGCACCAUGCCUCAAGAUCUUGUGAGCUGUAGGCGACAUUGGAUGCCAACCAUACAGAUCAACGUAUAAUCGAGCAGUCUUUUGUGCAUAGUUAUCAAAUUCAUUCGGAUCGAUCUCGUGUCCACAUGAUACAAUCUCAAGGAUAACUUGGAACAUCUUUAUUAAUUCUACGGUGACUCCUGUAAUUCGUGAAGAGCAUUCUGGGUUUUCGAAAAACCUUCUGGAUGUCGAUUUAAUGAAAAUGAUGACCGCAUACUUUGAAACACUAAAAAAAUAAAUGGGGUGCGUUGGGGGGAAAUGUUUUUUUUAUUUUAAGUUAUCGACAGAAUAUAUUUUAUUCCUUCAUAAAAAGUUCCAGGCGACAAGGCGCGACACAUAAACAAAAUCACUAAAAUAUUGUAAAUUUCAUUAAAAAAAAUUAAUAGAAAAAGGAUUUUCCAAAAUUGAAUUUAUAAAUCAAAAUAUAAUGAAGAAAUAACUUAUAAAAUUAUUUUUAUACAGUACUUAUCUUCUAAUUCCAUGAUCAGGUCGUUUUUUUCCACUUGUCCGCUAGACGAAUUUAUUAUUGAACACAAAACUACUGCGAUUAUACUAGAGCACGAAAAACAAAGACACCCAAAAAGCACAAUAACGCACUUGCGAACGCCGUCGUCACGAAGUAAGUGGACUGUAGCGAAAGGGGGGUCUGUUUGAAAGGGGGGUCUGUCUGUUAGAUGUAAGAUGGGAGAUGCGGCGUGAGCGAGUAUGAAGUGCGAAUCGGAGUCAGCAGUGAAGAGUUGGAACCAGCAGUCGGAGUGAGUUGUCAGCAGUAAGGAGGAGAAGUCGGUGAUCAGCAGCCAGGUGUGCACGCCCUCAGUCGUCCAGUCGCAGUCGUACUACACUAUAUUCUAUUAUUCUAUUCUAUUAUUCUAUAUUCUAAUAAAUGACAAUUUGCUUUAUAUUUGGGGGCUCAACCGAAAACAACGAAAAAAAAAGAGUGCAUAAGUAAAUUUGGUGCCUGAGUAAUUCUUGCAUAUGAACGAAAAAAAAACAGGAACCGACGACGAAGAAAAAACGACAGUGAGAAGAGGAAAGGCAAAAUUACUGCAAGCAGCCGCAAAAGAAAAAGCAGACACAAAAAAAGAAGAAAAGCCAAACGUAAAGCCGUUAGUUGUGCAAACGAGAGAAUUAUACUCGCUGCGAUCACGCAUGAUAAUGUCAGAGACAAAAGAAUCUGAAAAAGUUGCAAAAGCGAUGGAAAAAAAAGUUGAAAGAAAAGAGAAAACACCCGUGUUCAAGGUGAUAUGAAUUUAGUUACACAAAAUAAUGAAAUGCUCCAGCAGUUUGUACAGUUGUUAACUUUAAAAAUUCGGGCAGACGAAGUUCAGAAAGAUGAGGGAAAGCUGAUAGUGGAAAACUUCGCAAAAAUUAUACCCGAAUUCGACGGUAGUAAUAUGCAAGUGAAGGCGUGGUUUCAAAACUUUGAGUUGAAUGCCGACGCAUAUGGGCUCAGUGAAAAACAAAAAUAUGUGCAAGCUCGUGCCAAGAUGACCCAUACAGCCGCACUAUUUUUGAAGUCGGCAAUUGUGUAUGAAUACGAUACAUUGCGGGAAGUGUUGAUUGAUGAAUUCGCUAGAGUAAAAGUAGGCAGCGCCGAAAUAAACAAGCAAUUGAUGGAGCGUGUGAAGCUCAAAAACGAAAGUUUUCAUGAGUACCUUCUUCAAAUGAAACGCAUUGCUGCGCGUGGAGUCAUAGACACAGAAUCAGUUAUAAAAUAUGUGGUAGAUGGUCUGAAUCUCAAAAGUGACUUCAAAUUUACGCUUUACGGCUGUUCAUCAUUUAAAGAACUGAGAGAAAAGUACGAAGUGUAUGAAAGUAAUCAAACCUAUGAGAAAGAGGAGAAACGACAAAUUCAGCCGAAUAGAAGUAAAUACGGCGCACAGGCAAAUUCUGGGAAAAAGCAGCAUUGUUUUAAUUGUGGUGCCCAAGAUCACAUUCGAAAAGACUGCGAAAGUGAGGUUAAGUGUUUUCGCUGCAACGAAAGCGGACACAUGGCGAAAAACUGUGGUACAGCACCAAAAAUAAGUAUUGCCUAUGAGGAACGUCGACUUAAAAAGUUGUGCAUCGGUGACAUCUGGGUGGAAGCUCUAGUGGAUACUGGAGCUGACGUCUCAAUCAUUAAAGAAGCCGUUUUCAAGAAAAUGAGUGGUGUUAGUCUGCAGCAGAGUGCCUCUACCUUACGAGGUCUUGGAAAUGGCGUGACGCGCCCGCUUGGUCAAUUCAAUGCAGAGGCCAAAAUCGACGAAAUGAAGCUUACACACAGGUUCCUGGUCGUGCCGGAAAAUGCCAUGGUCUGUGAUGCCUUACUAGGAUACGACUUUGUGGCAAAGUUUCGGGUAAAGAUGACAGCAGCCGGCUUCGAGUUUUAUCCCCCUACUGGGGAGGAAACUGUGGAAUCGAAUCAGCUAAGUAUUCUAAAUGUUAUUGAGACCAACACUGAUAUAGAAACUCCUCCGCAGCUUAAAGAAGCAGUUGAAACCAUGGUUAGCGAGUUCAACAUGAUGGAAAAAACAGCCGAAUGCCCGAUCGAGCUCAAGAUCGUGCCGGAUAAUAACAUUGUGCCUUUUCGGCAGGCACCCAGUUGUAUCGCUGCCAACGAGGCACAAGCGGUAAAACUUCAAGUCUAGGAGUGGCUUGAUACAGGCGUAAUUCGGCAGUCAACGUCUAAUUUUGCCAGUGGCAUAGUGGUUGUCAAAAAGAAGGAUGGAAGCAACCGCAUUUGUGUCGACUACCGGCAGCUCAACAAAAUGGUACUUAAAGAUUGCUUCCCGGUACCUGUUAUUGACGACGUGCUGGAAAAGCUCCAGAGGGCCAAGUUCUUCACAGUCAUGGAUUUGGAAAACGGGUUUUUCCAUGUGCCGGUCGAAGAAAAUAGCAGAAAGUACACCGCUUUCAUUACAAAGGAGGGCCUUUUUGAAUUCAACAAAGCACCAUUUGGGUUUCGCAAUUCUCCAGCGGUUUUUAUUCGAUUUGUCAACCAUGUGUUCCAAAAGCUAAUGAACGAUGAUGUUUUGGAUCUGUAUAUGGAUGAUAUAAUCAUACAUGCAGUAACAGCGGACGAAUGUCUGAGGAAAAUGGAGAGCGUGUUCAAGAAGUCAGCAGAGUAUGGCCUAAAGAUAAAAUGGAAGAAGUGCCAUUUUCUCCAGACGAAAAUCCAUUUUCUAGGCCAUGUAAUUGAAGAAGGCAAAAUCAAGCCGGGAACAGAAAAAACAAAAGCAGUCGAAAAAUGUCCAGUGCCGCAGAAUAUUAAAGCUCUGCAGUCUUUUCUGGGUCUCACUGGGUUUUUUUGCAAGUUCAUUCGAGGAUAUUCCCAGAUCGCAAAGCCGCUAACAAACCUUUUGCGCAAAAAUGAGUUGUUCCGAAUGGAGUAUGCCGAGCUAAAAUCGCUGAAAGAAUUGAAGGAUGUACUUAUCUCGAAGCCUGUUCUAAGAAUUUAUAAUAGAGAUGCCAGAACAGAGCUCCACACAGAUGCCUCGAAGGAUGGGUUUGGUGCCACAUUGCAGUGGUACGACGGGCAGUUGUAUCCAGUCUGCUACUGGAGUAAGAAAACUACACCGGCCGAAUCGAAGAAGCACAGUUAUAUACUGGAGGCAAAAGCAGUGUAUUUGGCUUUUAAAAAGUUUCGCCAAUACCUACUUGGCAUUUCAUUCAAACUGAUUAUCGACUGUGCCGCGUUCAAGCAAACCCUUAAGUAGCGGGAUGUUCCGCGUGACGUGGCAGAAUGGGUUGUAUACAUGGAGCAGUUUGACUUCGAAGUGGAACAUAGGCCUGGCACCCGAUUGAAGCACGUUGAUUGUUUAAGCCGCUACCCACAUCAGAUAAUGAUAGUCUCUGCAGAAGUUUCUGCCAGACUACAGAAAGCGCAGCAUGAUGAUGCCAUGAUCAAAGCAAUUUUAGAAAUUUUAUCCAGCCGACCUUAUGAAUCUUCAAACCUUAUGACGACUUCAAAAUUAAAGGAAGCCUAUUGUACAGAUCAGUCGAAGGCACUGAUGUGCUUGUAGUCCCAAAGAUUAUGGAAAAGGAGGUCAUCACAGAAGCACACAGAAUUGGCCAUUUUGGUACUCAGAAAACAAUGCAUUCUAUCCAACAAAAUUAUUGGAUCCCACAUUUGGAAGGAAAGGUGGCUAAGGUCAUCAAUAACUGUAUCAAAUGCAUCAUGUACAACAAAAAAUUGGGCAACAAAGAGGGAUUUCUUCACAGUAUCGACAAAGGAGUAGAACCGUUACACACCGAACCGUAGACCACUUGGGGAUAAUGGAUGCCACAGCCAAGCAAUAUAAACACAUAUUUGCGAUUGUGGAUGGCUUCACAAAGUUUGUCUGGCUGUAUCCAACUAAAACCACCAGCAGUAAAGAGGUUUUGCAAAAGCUGAACAACUGGUCAGAUGUUUUCGGUAAUCCUAGCCGAAUCAUCAGUGAUCGUGGAUCGGCAUUUACGUCAGCUGCUUUUGAGGCGUACGCUAAGGAAAACGGGAUCAAGCAUGUAGGGGUCCCAAGAGGAAACGGUCAAGUUGAACGCGUGAAUCGUUCCAUUUUGGCCAUAAUCUCAAAGCUGGCAGCGGAGAAGCCAGAUAAGUGGUUUUAGUUUGUGCCAAAGGUACAGCGAGUCAUCAAUGGCACAUUACACAAGUCUACGAAGCGCUCGCCAUUGGCAUUAAGAUGAUGCUAAUGGUAAUAUUCUGCAAAUGCUAGAGGAGGAGAUGUACAAUAGUUUCGACGAAGAGCGACAGAAAACCAGGCAAGAAGCUAAGGUGGAAAUUCAGCAGGCACAAGAGGACUAUAAAAAAGCGUUUCAUAGAAAAAGAAAGAACAAUUAUGGUUACAAGAUGGGUGAUCUAGUUGCUAUUCGUUCGAGAGAGGGGGCAGUGAGUUGUCAGCAGUAAGAACGAGAAGUCGGUGAUCAGCAGACAGCAGUGCACGUCCGCAGUCGUCCAGUCGAACAUUAUACGUAAAACGUAGCAAAUAAUACAUUAUAUUAUUUGCUUAUUUCAUAUGAUAUUGCACUUUAAAUAUAUUGUACGUUACUAUACUAUAUUCUAUUAAAUAAUGGCAAUUUGCCUUAUAUGUAUAUCUAUUUUAUUUGAAAUUUUUGUAUUUUAAUUCA